AUGCCCAGCGCAGCUUCCUGCAACCCUCCCACAGUGGUUCCAGAGGGCUGUGAAGUAGCUACUGACCGUCACUCAAACCAAAAGCAGCUCCAGCUUCUCUGCCAUGGCAGGAGGAGGAAUGUGGCUUCAACUUCAGCAGAGGCCAGGAGGCCAUGCUGCCUCCUCUGCAGUAGAGGCAGCAGGCUCCGCUGUGGUGAGGGGGCCUCAGAGACUGCACUGGCGCCGACUCGAAGGCCCCAGAGCCUCUCUCUGGCAAGACGGCGCUUCCCUCCGGGACUCCGCGGGGCCCCGGGCUCGCGGAGGCUCCACGUGAGCGUCUCCCCCCACGCCGAGCGCGCGCACGCCUGCCCGCCAGCGCCUUCGCGGAGGGAUCUGGGAGUGAAGCGCCGGGCCGGGCGCGGGUCGCACAGGUGCUUCGGCCGGACGCGAAACGGCUUUCAGUGGUUAGAAAGAAUGGAUGAUGUAGCUGCCCCACUUCCUACUUGCACUCUUGUUUACUGGAAAAAUGCAUGGGAGAUCUGUGGAGGCGGUAAAGCGAGUUCUGACUCUGGAAGGAAUUUUGCUAAAGUGAGGUCAAAAAGAGCAGUUAACAAAUGCAUCAUCACAUUCCGAUGUGUAGACUUUUUAAACCUGAAUCAUCUGUAAAGCUGAGGGCAUCGUUUGAAAACACUGACAAUUUCCUGUUAAUUUUCCCUAAGUGAAAUCAUCAAAUGCAUUUGUUUUCAUUCUGAAAAAAAUGUGCUUUGCUACAAAAUACUUACGGAAUCAAGCACACAUCUCUUUUUUCGGUUCUGAAACACUUAAAAUAUUUCAGUGUCUGUACUUUUUCAAAAAUCAUUUUUUCAGGAUCCUAUUGAUAUCACAAGCUGUUCAGUUUAUGUGAGUGUUCAGUUUAAACUGAUUGAGGCAAAACCAACAACUUUUUAUUUGUUGCUCAUUAAAUGUAAUAAGACAUGGGCAUCUUGGGAAUGGCACCUAAAUCAAUCCAUAAUUUAUAGAAACCUACAGUCUCCUUGGGAAGACAGAUUACAUGACAAGAUGAACAAGAGAAAUGUGUAAAAAUAAUUGUCAAGGCAACAGAAUAAAUUAUAUAUAUGUA